GACGCUCAAAGGCGGAAAAAUACAUUUCGCUGGCAACUGCACAACAAUCAUCCGGCUUCCGCCAACUACGCACACACAUUUUGCUGCGAGACGGUCACGGCGACACACAUAAACAACUUAACACAAUGCCAAGAAAGAAGGACGCCAACAGAGGUGGCAAUAGCGUGCCCAGACUUAGAGAGAACUCAAGACUGAUGCGCGCACACGAAUCUGUGGUUGAUUUAAUAAAUGGACGUCCCUCACAGAACUCUUUCUUUGAUCUCCUUGCCCCUGCUUUCUUUGGUUAUGAUUUUGGUUUUUUUAGGCCCUUUGAUGCUGAACUGGAGAAUGACAUCAUAUAUUCUGACAGUAGUGAUGAUGAGCCAUAUUAUUCAAACAGUGUUACUCAGAGGCCUCUCGCUCCACACCCACGGAUAAGACAACUGACUCAAGAGGAGGCUGAUAAACAUGCAAAAGAAUUGUUGGAGGAAGAGGAACGGCGUAAAGACAAAGCUGAAAAGAACAAGCGUAAGAAAUUGCGUAAAAAAGAGAAGAAACGGUUAGAAAAGGAGAAUGCAGUUAAAGAGAGUUUACCUGAGGAAGAACCAGACAUGUCUACAUCAUCACAAAAUCAGGGAGAAUCUCCAAUUAUUAAAAGUAGUGUAGAAGAGAAUAAAUCUUCUGUUCCUGUUGCUGCUGAAACACAAAAUGAUCCUGUGGUCGCUGGAUGUGACAACAGCAGUGGUAGUAAUGAAAAAGAUAAUGCAGUGAAUUUGAAUGGGGAAGCAGGAGGGGAAUCAAAGGUUUUGAAUUUAAAUAAUUCAUUUGUUUCUACUUCUACAUUUGUGGAGACGGACCCACCAGAACCGACCCACAUAACGGGGAAAAAGAAGAAGAAAAAACAGUUGUUGGUUGUUCAGCAGCCUAAGGAGGAAGAGCCUGAGGUUCUGAAAGAGCCUGAGGUUCUGAAAGAGCCUGAGGUUCAGGAGAAGGAAGAAAACCACAGCAUUAAAGAGAAAACAGUGGAGGCCGGUGUAGACGAUUUUGCCAAAAGGAGUAGAGAACUUGCUUCUAUUGGAAAUCGUGUGGCUGCUGCUGGACAGUAUGAGAUGGCAGUGAAAUGCUUUACUGACGCCAUUAAAUACAACCCAAAGGAAUAUAAGUUAUUUGGAAAUCGGUCCUUCUGUUAUGAGAGAAUGCAGCAGUAUGAAAACGCUCUCCGGGAUGCUGACCUAGCACUCUCCAUGGAGCCAAACUGGAUAAAAGGUUUAUUUAGGAAAGGGAAAGCUCUCUGUGGGUUAAAGAGGUACUUUGAGGCCUCUCUGACCUAUAAGGAGGUGCUGAGGCUGAACAGCUCGAGCACUGAGGCGGCGCUGGAGCUGAAGCGAGCGCAGACUCUGCACCUCAUGGAAAUGGGAUUCACCUGGGAGCAAAGCUCUGAAGCCUUAAAAGCCCACACCUCUUUGGAAGAAGCUAUUGAAGCUCUGUUUAGCGCUCAAGGUCAACAGAGUCCUGGAGAUGGUCAAGCCAGAAAGGAAAAUACAAGUCCUGUAAUGGUACAGGGAGAGGUGGAUGAGGAGGGCGAGUGGAUUGUCAUGACAACGGGCCGUCUGAGAGCGCAGCCGGUGAAGGAGUCCAACGCUGCCAGCCAUACCACACCAAACUCUCAAUCCCCGACCCCCAUGUCAAGGAACUCGGGGGUCAAACCGGAGCUUUUUCCUGUUUGGGUUGGAUCUUUGGCCCCUACUGUCACUUAUGCAACGCUGGCCACCGUCUUCAGCAGAGCUGGACCUGUCUACAGCAUCAAGAUGCUUCUGGAUCACCAGUGUGCCUUCGUGCACUACACCAGAAAGGAGGACUGUGAGAAGGCCAUCCAGAUGAUUAAUGGGAUGGUGGUCGAGGGGGCUCCUCUGGCUGUGCGGUAUCCCAAUAAAAUCCACACAGAGCUCGGCGUGUCCAAAUCAGCUGCCACCGAUCCAUUUUUUCGUUCCAUCGCAGGCCCUGCCGCCGGCAAGAAUAUAAAAGAGUGUUUUUUCUGGAGGACCACGGGCUGCACCAAGCAAGAGAGCUGCAUCUACAGACACGUCCCCGAGCACAAGAAUAUCGACAGGCACAAAGUCAGACUGUAGAUUGACAGCUGAUCAACUGGGGGACGAAAAAGCAAAGUCUCUUUCUGCUUUCAGGAGUUUUGUCAGGAAUAUUUUCCCUUUUUUUUUUUUUUUUUUUGAUGUGGUGAAAUCAUAUUCGGUUUUACAUUUUCUCAAGCCGUUGUGGAAAUUUUCACACUGUGGCAGCACACCACUGUCAGAUAAACAUGUUGAAUUACAUGAUAAUACUGAACUGUAAUGUUUUCAAGAGAGAAUGUGCCUUCUAGAAACACUUAUAUCACGCACCAGGUUUGGAGCAUUCCUUUAGUAGUUUUUUUUCCCCCAGGAAUUGUUUGAGUUUAUUUUUCCAAGUCUUUGCUUUUACUUUUUUGCUAUGCCUGUUUUUGCACAUUCAGUAAUGCGCCACCUGAGUACUGCAUCUGUCAUCUUAGUGUUUCAGUGUUUUGCUGGCAAUUGUAUUUUCUCCCUUAUUAGCUUAGGUAAUGGAACAAUAAGCACAACAGAGUGAGAUCUAAAUAUCUAGCCAAAAGUGAAAAUGGACAAACCUUAGAGCUUUUUUUAAUAAUUGGUUUAAUAUUAUGUCACUAAAGUGACUCUAAAUGAGUGUUUGUUUACUUCUACAUUUGCUGUAAUUCUUUAAAUUCUUUUAAUUUAACAGAUUUUUUUUCUGUUCAAAGACCACUAGAUGGCAGUGUUAACUUCAGCCCUUCAGCAUUCCCAAGUUUCCCUGUAAAUUUCAAAAGUCUAUGAUUCAUGAGAAGUUAUUUCACUAUUGGGUACUUUUGUUGAGGCCUGUUUUCAUUUUGUGAUUGAGCUUGGUAUUAAAACUGUUGGGCGUAGGAUUUGCAAUAUAUGCCUUACACAGUGGAGGUGGCAAUAAUAGUACUGUUGUGAUCAUAACAUGUCCAUAUAUAUAUUUUGUGAUGGCCUGUGCAACUGUGAAGAAGAAAGAAAAUGAGUGUAAAGUUAGAGCAUCUCUUGAAAUGUGCUGCUGUAUGACAUAUCAUUUGCUAAGUUGUUGGAGGGUUUGAUCCGAAGUGCCUUGCAAAAGCAUGAACACCUGCAUUUUAACACGGGUGGCCUCAAAGGGAAUUGAGGCUUUAACCCCGGCUGUGUUGGAGUUGUGCUGAACGCAUUCAUCUAUACAAGACCAAAGACUUGGUGUAGGUGGAGCGUUAUAGAUUAGUCUGAAUGUGACGGACUACAAAAAAUAAUAAAGGCAGCCUUAAGAUAAGCAGCAUGAGACUGAAGUAUGAUUUGUGAACUUGAGAGUGAGGCUCAGCAUGCCUCCCCGAGUAAAUCAGGUUAUCACUUUGAGAUCACAGCCAUGACUUACAGAUGGGAAUGUGGUCCUGCAACCGCAAUGUCACAGGUUUGAUCCUGAUUGUGCCAGACACUGAAACCCUCAAUCACUCCGGGCCGAGCUGGGUGAGAGCAUCAGUUAAAUGCUUAAAAUGGUAACCAUUCUUCCCCAGGAUGUUAUCUACAGAUGAGAUCCUUUUAAGCCUAAAACGCCUCCCUUCAGUCUUCCUGACUGUGUCUCCUCACCAUUAAUGUGGGUGGGAUUUGCGCAGAUCCCCUCGCUAAAGCCCGGCAGGUUUGCUGUUUGACUUAGAGCCGCUCAAGGUCAUUUUUUGAUCCCCGUGUUAUGCAAUGUUUGGGGUGUGAAUUACAAAACCCUACCAAGGAGCUGAAUAAUUACCUAAAAACGAAGUUAGCACAGUGAAAAAGUUCAGGCGGUUAGCUGUGAAAAGUGCUUAGUGUUGACCUUACAGGAAGAGCUGCUAUUCUUCUGGGAAUUAAUUGGCUGAUGGUGGCAUACCUCACAAAGCCCUUUUGAUCUGUCUGAGAUUUGAGAGCAUGAAGGGGCUGUAAUACUAAUAAUGUGAACUCUGGUUGAACCCAGAGGCUGCACUGAGACCUGCGGUUGGUACAUUACCAACUUGCAAAAUGGGCCUAUAUUUAAUCUUAUUGGUCCUCGCGGCUUUGCCUUUGCAAGCAACGUGUUUCAGUGCAGAUAAGAGCGAUAAGAGGUUAGGGUUCACAAGCCGGUUGGAUUCAACAUCCCGCCACUCAGCGCCCAGACAAAGCUAGCCCCUUUCUUAACUAAAGCAAACACCAGAAAGAUUAAGUGCAUCUUGUUAAAAAGCCUGUGCGGUUUGUGCAGCUUUUAAAGAUCUCUCUGUCGUACUCUGACUCCUCUCUGUUCUCUCCCUCCCAUCAGCAGGACUACAGAACAAGUAAACGUUGUAACAGAAAUUAACCACCAAACAUGUCAUGCUGCUCUCCUAUUCUUUACUUUUUGAUAUAUGGCUUUGCUGCUAAAUUCUCCUCGCGGCCCCCUCAAGAGAAGUUUGCAGUUGCGGUAAUUGAAUGCAUUGCUUUUACUGUAGGGAUACAUAAUAUAAUUUUUAUUCUAAUUCUGCGGUUUCUCUCUGCUGGUAAAUAAAAUACUGAUGUGACAUGAGGGAAUAGCUGACUCAUAUAUCAACAGUCUGUUUUUGCUGCUCAGGAAGUCAAAAUGAAUGCUGGACUGCGGCUUUGCGACGGCUCAGCCUCCGAGCUGUGCUCGAAACUCAGCCUGCUCAGCAGGACUGCUUGCUGUUUGCUUGCCCUCUGAAAAAUUGUCAUUUUCCCUAUGUUUAUGUGACAUGCUUGGGCCUAGCCUGUUGUUACUUUUGUUGUUUUAUGUUAAUGUGUGGCAGUGGAUUUUGUAUAGAAAAGCAAUAAAUGUCCCUAAAUAGACACUUUAGCUCUGCUUUAAUUAAAAGCAUCCUCAAUUUUCUUGAAUAAGACAAUUCAUUUGAGGGAUUUAACUUCAAAAUGUCAUGUUUUGCCACCAGAAAUUCAUCUGUCAAUUUGUUUGAAGGAGACGCAAUGAUGUGGUGAGCUUAUAUUCUCUUUUGUAAGAUUGUAAGAUGUUGAGAUUAAAUUUUACUGAAACACCAACAAA